AUGAUAGGUCAGUCGAAUUGCAAUUUCAAACUUCUUCCAAAAGUGGUUAGUUUUCUUAUUUUCAAUUUUUUCCGAGAAACAAAUUUGCAGGAGCUUCACGCUCACCUGAAUGGCAGCAUUUCACUUAAAACAAUCAGAGAAUUGCUGGAAAAACAAUCGGAUCGUCCUGAAGAGUAUGUCCUUCAACAGCCCGUCAACAUGGAAGAGUAAGUUCUUUAUUAUAAUUUUUUUAUAAAUUUUUUUGAGAAAGUUACAAGUUGUAACCACGAAACAUUUCAUUGUUACCAUCAAAAUUUUGUAUAGGAGUCUGAAAAUCGCACAAAGAUUAAUGAGAUGUGAUUAACAGGAGAUAGUUAAGCGAAAAAAGGCAAAAAAAAAUGAAAAUAAUUUUCGAAAGGUCUGCUUGUCCAUUGAGCAACCUUGCCAUAAAUGCUUUUACGGGACUUGAAUCUUUUUUUCAAUAGUUGAAUAUAUUCAACUAUUGAAUACUCUUUUAUUACUCUUUUUAUUAAAAAUUUAAAACUAACUUUUGCUCAGUUUCUAUAAUUGCUAAAAAAAUUUCUACAUUAACUCAUUAUUUUUUUCCAAUCAUUUUAUUUAAGUUGUUUCCUUUACAGAGUUUUUUUCUCCUGUUUCCGUUGAUACAAGAACUGACUCAAAAACCUGAAGCUUUACGCAAGGUAAUAAGAUUUUGUUUCAUCAACCGGGACGAGUUUAAGGCCACACACGAUGUGAUAGAAGAAUUCGCAGAAGACAACGUUAUUUAUUUGGAGCUCCGUACAACCCCAAAAAAUACUCCAUUCACGAACAAAAAGCAGUAUGUUGAGAUCGUUCUUGAAGGUAGUAUUUUUUUUGUUGCGUGAUCCCCUUUUCAGAAAUACUUGCUGAAAUAAGUUUUCAUCAAUCUCUAUAACCACAGCAAGUUUGAUUCAGCAUGCAAAAAUUUAACUGUGAACUUAAAAGUUUUCAGCUAUUGAGAAGUCGAACGAACGGCUGAAAAUGUUAACAACUCUCAUUUUGAGUAUCGACAGGAAGCAAAGCGUUGAAGAGGCAGCGGAAACUGUAGAUUUGGCUAUUUCUAUAGGUAAAAAGAAAUAAUUUUCAUUAAACAAUCGAAAAUUUAAGAUUCGGAACUAAUUGUUGGUGUUGAACUCAGCGGAGAUCCGAAGAUUGACGGCCGAAAAAUGAUUCCAGAACUCCAAAGGGCCAGAGACGCCGGUCUAGGAGUGGCAGUGCAUCUUGCCGAAGUUAGAGAACUUUUCAAGCUGAUUCUUUUUUUUACAAUUUAAUGAGGGAAUGAGAUCAUUUUGGAGACAGUAUUCCAAAAUUUCGAAAUUAAAAUUUAAUUUUGACCAUCUGGUGAGUAAAAAUUUGGAAGAUAGACUUUUUUGAAUUGUCUUGCAGCAUUUGCUUUUUGUUCAUUAUGAUAUAGUCUGUUCAGAUUUGAAUGUCAAGUCGCUUCUAAAACUCCGCCCCUAAUGACCCGAUAAGCCAAUCAGAGAGCGAGCCAACCACAGAGCGUUUUCGAAUGACGUCAUUGUACUUGACAUUCAAAAUCUGAACAAACUAUAUAGAGCAGCUUUUUUAAAACUUUUUCUAAAAAUAAAAACAAUAAAUUUGCUCAUUCAAAAUUUUUCAGAUGAGCCAAUAUCUCGAAGAAGUGCCCGAGUUUCUUGAUUUUCGGCCUGAUCGAAUCGGUCACGGCACUUUUUUUACACACCGAUCAGCGCUACAUUGAAUUGAUGAAACGGUCGAGAAUUCCUUUAGGUUUUUUUUUAUUUUGAAGUUUAGAAAAAGGGAAAAUUUCUCAUAGAAAUCUGCUUAACUUCGAACGAAAUGUGCAAAACGACGAAAUCGGCCGACGAGUCCCAUUUGAUGUAUUGGAUCGAAUCGGGUGUCCCGGUGGCCCUUUGUGUGAGUUUUAAGAGCAGUCAUUUUUAUUCUGCUCUGUCUGCGCACUCUUUUCUCUCUUUCUCUCUAGCGAAGUCGGUGAGCGAGAAGAGAGAACAGGCAAGCUAGAUUUUGUGAAUUCUUAUCAAAAUCUUCACUUUUUCAGACCGAUGACAAGAGUGUUAUGGGCUGCGACUCGAGUGGAGAAUACGAAAAAGUUGGUUUGCAUUUUCAUUUCCAGGCGAUUUGAAUCAUUUUUCUAUUUUCAGGCUUACAAAGCGCUCUCAAAAAGGGUCGAGGAACCUUUCCAACUCUUGCGGAAAAUCACGACCGACGCAUUGAAGCAUUCGUUCAUUCGGAAGAAGUCGAACACGGGAAAAUAUGAAAAGUUACUGGCCAGUCUGGAUUUUUUGCCUCUUUGA